UGUUUCUUCUUCUUAAUUCGAAGAACUUCAUAGGCUAAGCAUGUCGUGAUUAUCCCAAAUUUCUGGUGUUUAUUCAAACUCCAUUGAGACAAAACAUUUUCUUUGAUAAGUUAAAAGCAAUGUAUACCUCAGAGGGAGCCCCUGAUUUUGUUGUUGACCAGGGCAUGUAUUACCCCGUCGAUGCCAGUUAUGGCUAUUACUGUACAGGUUAUGAGACACCCGGUGAUUGGGAGAACCAUCAGAUGUUUUUUGGUGUAGAUGGUUCUGAAGUCCAAUACACGGGUGGGCAGAAUGAAAACUCUCCCUAUAUAUGCUAUACACCUAGUUAUGGAUAUGCACAGUCUCCUUACAAUCCAUUCAAUCCUUACAUACCUGGCGCUGCGAUAGGCGUUGAUUCUCCUUUUGUUAGUCCUCAACAAUUUUACUCUAUUCCUCCUUACCAGAGUGUUGCAACCUCACCUACUUUUGUUCCGUAUGCAAUUCAACCUGAUAUCAUCUCGAGUAGCUCAACAAAUUCUUUGGUAGAAACUGGUUCAGCUAAUAGGGAUCGAUCCGAUGGGAGAGGGUCCAGGCAGAGAAAUGGCACCGCUACUAGUGGGCUUCAAAGGAAUGCUCCAAAACUUUCUGCAGUGAACUCUUCGGGCAAAAUCUCUGAGAAACCAAGGCCUAACUCUGGACAAAGUAGACAGCCAGAAAUGGACAAGAGUGAUUCUACUUCGUCACCAGGACAAGCUCUCCAGGGAAGAGCUACCUCCGUCAGUUCUCAACCUGUUGAUGCUGUUUCCAGUAGCAGAGUAUCGUCUUUUGGGCAAUUAGACAUUGCUCCACCUGAACUUAAUGGUUUUUCAAAAAUUGCAACAAACAAUAACAAUCUUCGGCCCAAGCUGUAUGGGGGCCAUGCAAAUAUAAUUCCUGAUACAGUCCGUGAACAAAAUCGAGGUCGAAGAUCGAGAGCAUUGGGAAAUCAACUUAUUGUUAAAGCUUAUACAACAAAAGCUGGAAAUGCUGAUGCCGAAGGAAAUAUUGUGAUCAAUCCUUCUCAGUAUAAUAAAGAGGAUCUCCGAAUCGAUUACAGCAAUGCCAAGUUUUUUGUGAUUAAAUCGUAUAGUGAAGAUGAUGUUCACAAGAGCAUCAAAUACAAUGUAUGGUCAUCAACUUUACAUGGGAACAAGAAAUUGCAGAGUGCGUAUGAAGAUGCUCAGAGAAUAGCCACCGAGAAGUCUUGUGAAUGCCCGAUAUUCUUGUUUUUUUCUGUCAAUGCCAGUGGUUUGUUCUGUGGCAUGGCUGAGAUGACUGGUCCAGUUUCUUUUGAUAAAGACAUGGAUUUUUGGCAGCAAGACAAAUGGAGUGGAAGCUUUCCAGUCAAAUGGCACAUCAUAAAAGAUGUUCCCAAUAGCUAUUUCAGGCACAUCAUACUACAGAACAAUGAGAAUAAGCCGGUCACCAACAGUCGAGACACACAAGAGAUAAUGCUGAAACAAGGUCUGGAAGUGCUAAAAAUAUUUAAAGAUCAUAUGGAAAGGACUUCAUUACUAGAUGAUUUUGUCUAUUACGAAAGCCGACAGAGAGUCAUGCAGGAUGAGAGAACCAGGCUGCCGUACAGGACCUUUCUUAGCCCUUUACCAUUACCCAGACCAGAUCUCUCUGAUAGAAACAAUAAAAUCCCCUUGGAAGCCUUCAAGAGACCUUCAGUGAGCUCUGCAAAAACCAAGGAGGUUCGUUCAAAGUCAGAUGGGAAUGAGGAGACCACUGUUAAGGAAGGCAAUGAAGAAGAUACUUCUUCCAUUCAGAAGAAGAUCAGCUCUCUCACCAUUGACCCGAGUGGUACAGACUCUGACCCGACCACUGUUUCUCACCUGAACCAGAAGAGUCAAGCCAAGUCUAAACCGACCUCCUCAGGCUCUAAGACAGACUCCUCGGAAGUGGUUGAUGCUUCUCUCUCUGAUGAAAAUGACACUGUCAAAGUAGGAUCAUUGCCUAUAAAAGUUACCGGGUCUCCUGCAAUCUUAACAGUCGGUACUAUUCCUCUGGACCCCAAGUCACUUCAGAAGUAAACCACCCCGGGUUUGGUCUAUAAUCUGAUUCCUUAUGUCUCUAAAGUCUAAAGUUAAUCCUGCUUCAUCAUACAAGCCAAUGUGGUAUGAAGAGAGGGUUCUGUUUGUAUAGAUGAGUCUUGACUGGUGACUUGAUAAUCCGUGAUUC